AGAGGCUGCAGCCCCUCCCGGCUCUGGCUCCGGCCCGCCCGACUCGGCGAUGGCCGCGGUGCUCCGGCUCUGCGCCGCCUUGGCCCUGGCGCUGCUCCCCGCCGCCGCGCAGGACGUGGCGGGAGCUUGUCACCAGUAUACAAACAAGAGCUGUGAGGAGUGUCUGAAAAAUGUCACAUGCCUGUGGUGUGCCAGCAGUGGGAGGUGUGUGGAGUACCCAGUCCGAAGAGUCCUUCCUCCGGCUGACCUGUGUGAGCUCCGCUCUGCCCGCUGGGGAGUCUGCUGGGUGAACUUUGAAGCCCUGAUCAUUGCGAUGUCUGUGGUGGGAGGAUCGAUCCUUAUCACCUUGGGGGUCUGCUGCUGCUGCUGCUGUUGCAAGAAAAAGAGCACAAAGCCAGACAAGGAUGAUGAGAGAGCGGCCCGGGAGCGGGAGAGGAGACGAGUGCGGCAGGAGGAGAGGAGAGCAGAGAUGAAAUCGCGGCACGAUGAAAUCCGAAGGAAAUACGGCCUGUUCAAGGAAGAGAACCCUUAUGCAAAGUUUGAGAACUAGCAUCUCCAGACCUGCCCAGCCUGGUAAACAGUGCCUUCCCACAGAGCUGCAGGACUCCCACACCUCUGUCACAAGGAGACCACCAUGGUGCCACUUGCUGCUUCAGCUGCCACAGAAGAUGAGCCAGGUGCUUGAUGACACCGUUGUCCCCACUCUGAAUGCUCAGUUUGCUCCAGAGCUUUGCCCUUGCUCUGCUGGUAGAGGAAAAGGUGGUGGCAACACCAGAGGAUGACACAUUUCUUCUCACUCACCCCUGGAGUGGUAAGAGUCCAAAGCAAUGCAAAUAACAGCCCCUGUCUCUGGCCACGGGCAUAAGCAGCCUCCUGCAUCUGUCUUGCUCCUGCCUCACCAAACACGCUUGACACACACACAGCCAGGCUCUCCUGCACACAAACACCAUCUCUGCUUUUUUUAGUUUACUUUUUUCAGUAUAAGCACAAGCCAGCAAGAGGUGCUUGACUUGGUUGGUCAGCAGGAGGCCUUGACUGUUACUCCAGGUGCCUGUAGCUGCCCCAGCACAUCAGCAUUCCUUUCCAAAAGCACAGGUUUCUGGUUGUCUCAGGCCUCCAGGAGGAAGAUCCCAUGUGCAUGUUCUCCUUUGCAACUAAUCUGGGGAAAUGCCCCAACUUUCCUACCUCUCUGUGCUGUUCUAGAAAGGUGGUCUCCUGGGCUGGAUGGCCAUGGCUGAUAGCAAUGCUGUAGGAUUCAGAUGCAUUUGCAAUAUGUUGACUGGAUAUUAAACUGA